AUGGUUCCUGAAGUAUGCAGCUCUAUUGUCCAGGCCUACAAAUACGAAGUUGUCACCGUUCAUGUGACACCCAAUGAGUGGAGAUCUAUCUCCCAGGGAUUUGAAGACAAGUGGAAUUUGCCACAUGCAGUUGGGGCUCUAGACGGGAAGCAUGUUGCUAUCAGCAAGCAACAAACUACAGGUUCCAUGUACCACAACUAUAAGGGAUUGUACAGUAUCACUCUCCUUGCAUUAGUAGAUGCCCAGUAUCGUUUCAUGUGGAUUGAAGUCGGUGGAGUUGGACAUGUGUCUGAUGCACAAAUCUAUAAUGACUCCGAACUUUGUGAACUUCUUAAACAGUCUGGAAUAGGGUUCCCGCCACCAUGCCCUCUUCCGAACGAUGACCUGAAUCAGGACAUUCCAUACUUCAUUUUAGGAGACGAUGCUUUUGCCCUUUGA